AUGAAGAAGCCGUGGAAAUCGACCCCCAGCGCUGGCGGGAGCGCUCGGCCUCGCACCGGUCAGCACUCCAUCCGUGGGAGGAUAUCAGGUCCUGUUCCCAUUCCAACUCCGCUAGACGAUGAGUUCCCUAUUCGCAACCCCGGCACCAGUAUCGCAACGCCCGUACGAGCCGAGUUCAAAGAAUCGCAAGCCGACUCUAUCCAAUCAAGCAGGGACCGCCAGUUCAGAUCUCCCACCUUUCCAGAGCCUCGCCGGAACGGUCCCCAGGCUUUUCACGAACCGAGGUCACCAACUUUCCCCCGAGCGCCUGGCGCACCGGCAAGGCUGCAAAAGGCGGAGCCCUCUAACAACGCAAGGCACUCCUUCGUCAGUGCAGAUACUGUCCAUAUAAGAGACAGGCUAGAUCGCCCCCAGCGCAAACAGUCGACCCUUCGAGGUGCCCUAGGAAAACUCUUUAACCGCAAGAAGAAGGCAAAUGGCGGCGAUAGCCCCAACAAUACCGAUUCAGAGACCGGCUCAGCACCGGCACCGCCACGCCCAGAACGCUUCCGCCGCUCAACAGGAGAGGGUCCUCAGCCAGAAGACGUAGUCCCAAGUUUAAGAUCCAGAGAGAGACCGGAUCCCAGGAGCCGGAGUCGGCCCUUCCCAGGCGCCGAGUCGAAGCGGUCUGCAUCUCUACCCAUCACUGAGUUUGACCGAGCGUUGAGAUCUCACUCUGUCCGCCCAGAAGAUGUCCGAGCCAUUGAGAGCGCGCGCAACUCCCUCAGCGCCGACUUUGGUCUUAACCAGGCACGAGCGAGCGCAUUGAGGGUACGUGAGAGCCACCUGGCAGGACUUUCACCGCGACCUGCAAGCAGCCACGGCCGAGAGAGCCGGCAAGAGCAGCAUGAAGAUGAUCCCGAUGAAAUUGGACGCGCGAUUACUAGUGACUUUACUGGAGUGCGGCGAAGAUCACGAAGUUUAUCAGGGCUGCCAGAGGCAGAGGAAGGCCAUAGCAACACUCGCCGGCGGAGUGACGAGAUCAGAUACUGGAGAGAAAGUUACGACCCGGCAUUCAUGUCACCUGUGUCCUCCGAUCACCCAGAGGUCGAAGAUACAACGGCAGUUGCGGCUGAGACAACACAUACUGUUGAGGAAGAGCCUCCAGCGAAGGCGACCGCGGAACCGUUCCACUUUGAGCCUUUUGUCGGGAUGAAUGAGGUGGCAGGCAUGAAAAUCACACAUGCUGCGAACUUGGAGACACGGAUCAACAAUCUCGAGUCCAGGGUCCAUCGGUUGGAGCAGGUUCUCGACCGAAUGUGUGAUACAGUCCCCAGCUGGCAAUCGCAGACGGAGCACCCAGACCGACCAGCACCUCCUAUCCCAGUUAGAGGCCACAGAAGCCGUCCAAGGGAGGAUCAACCACUAGACCCGAUCAAUAUAGGCGUCGCGAUGGGCUCCCGGAGCUCCAGUCGAUACCACUCCGAGACAGCUUCACAGGCAUCGAGCCACGAGGAGCCUGCGUUUCUCGACCCGCAUGCGCCCAGUCCGGGCGAGGGCAUCACGAACCGACCUACAUCAACAGCGACCAUCCGCGGAGCAACUAGCCUUCCCAGCCUCUUGAAGGAUGCGCCUGGGUCAUUCACAACAGACCAUUACACUAACCUCCUGGCCCUGAUCCACACAGAGCGUUCCGCCCGAGAAGCCUUAGAGGCACAGGUGAAGAGACUUGGCAACCAGCUCAGUGUCUUGUCCAAUUCAAUGGUGAUCCGGGAGACGCGGUUCGACCCCCCUCCGACGGCAAAGUCUUUCGGCGAUAGAUCAGCAUUUGACCACGAUGACGAAGAGGGCCUCGGCUCCUUGGUGAUCAACACACAUUCACGAGGGCGCCAUGUUGACCCUGAGGACUCGGGCAUCGGGACUGGUCAUGGAGACGAGAGCGAGUACUCGGAGUCGUUCGAAACUCCUCGUGAGGAGGGACACAGCUUCGGGGCGUUUGGAGAAGACUUGGACAAGGCGGACCAAGCACAGACAAAAGCAGCGAGGACGCUGUCAUUAUCCCAACUCACGAUGGGCCGAGGCGGCCAGAGUGCCUCGCAACAUACACGGCGCGUCAUUUGA